CAUGGUCGAAGGAGACUCUCAAAGGCUUAGAUCGUGUUUGGUGUCGUCAGUCGCGCUACAGAGCGCUCCGUGCAAAGAUCUAUUCCAACUGUGCAACCUAUCGCGAACUCUGCAAUGGCUACCGAAGAAGUACCUUACUUUACGAACGCAGAAACUGGAUACGUUCCGGCAAAGUUGGCCCACCGUACCUCCAGCUUUCAACCACUGAGCUUGUUCCGCUUUGUGCUAAAUCAUGUCAUUCCCGAUACGGUGCGAUUUUUGGUGCAGUUGAUCCCACUGAUUCUAAGCGGAUUGGUGGGGCUUGUGGUUCCAAGCAAGAGGAAAUCUAUCCACGGCCACACAGCCCUAGUUACCGGCGGUGCUAACGGUUUGGGCCGGGCGCUGUGUCUUCGGUUAGCCCAGGAAGGUUGCCAUGUAGCCGUGGUCGAUAUUGAUCUGGCCGGCGCGCAACGGACCGUAGAAGACGUGCGCCUGCUCGGCGUUAAGUCGGAAGCUUUUUUGGCCGAUAUUGCGAACUAUGAAGCGGUGGACCGGUUACGGCUGGAGGUGGAAUCGAAGCUUGGUCCUGUUGAUGUGCUGGUCAACAAUGCCGGCCUACUGGCAGUACUUUCACUCAGCGAGGGUAAAGCCACCGAUCUGGAGCGCAUCAUAAAUGUGAAUCUACUGUCACACUUCUGGACCAUCCGUACGUUCGUCGAUGGCAUGAAGCAGCGCCGAAGAGGAUACAUUCUUGCCGUUAGUUCGAUACUCGAAUUUUUAACAAUUUUCUACUUCCCCUCCCACCAAAAAGGAUAUAUCCCGAUGCCUCGAGCCGUCUCCUACGUGGCUACGAAGUUUGCAGUCCGUGGGAUGAUGCAGGCACUAGAGCGCGAGCUUGCGAUGGAUGGGUUUGGUGAAACGAUUUGUGCCACUACGCUGUUCCCGACAUUCAUCGCCACCAGGAAGGAGCUGAUGGAUUUGUUGAGUGAUUUAAGUUUGGAUGAAAAGCUAGCCAUCCUGACGCCGGAAAGUGUGGCGAACACUGCCGUCGAGGGAAUGCUGCGUGGCUAUCGGAGUAUUUAUGCUGCACCGUUUUUCAUCCGAUUAUUCAUGUACCUUUCUGAAUUACUUCCCAGUGCGUUGUCUGCACUGCUGAUUGAAACAAUUAUGGGAGAUGUGCCAUCGCUGAUGGAUAGAACUAAGAGGAGCAAAUGAAACGUGUGUGGUUAUACCUUAAAAGCUUUUUCGAACAAGUUUUCAUCAGCCACAAUAUCCGAUUGUGUCAACACGUAAUGUUUAGUUCCUAUCUCCUUCUAUUUUAUCAUCAAAUCUGAAACGGAUCUACAGUCUGCGGAAAGCUACUCGUAAGGAAUGCCCCAAAGUUUAUUCAACAAAUUAAUUUUUAUUUGUUUUAUGUAACUGUUCUAAUCGGUACUGUGUUUUAUCCGCAACAAGUCACGCAAAGCGUUUUUUAAGUAAUGAAAAAACUAAUUUGUGAAUCACAACAAAAUAGAAUGAAAACUGUAGUAAAUGUACUAAAGGGUGAAAAUAAUACGGCCCUCUAAAAAGUCUCUUUUUUCAAAAUGGUAUUUAGUAUAAAAACAUUGCUAAGUGAUGAUAUUCUGAAACUUUUAAUGAGUAUUAAUAUCUUUCAAGAAUGAUCACAACAUUUAGCAAGGACAACAAGGAGCGACAGAUUAAUUUAUAAAAGAAAAAUGUAAACUCCCAAAUAAAAAUGUCUUUACAAUUAUGAAAACUAA